AUGACCAAGCGCACCAAGAAGGUCGGCGUGACCGGUAAAUACGGUACCAGAUACGGUGCUUCCCUGCGUAAGCAGGUGAAGAAGAUGGAAAUCACCCAGCACGCCAAGUACACCUGCACCUUCUGCGGAAAGGUCAACGUCAAGCGCCACUCCGUCGGUAUCUGGAACUGCAGAUCUUGCCGCAAGACUGUUGCCGGUGGUGCCUACACUGUCUCGACCCCUGCCGCUGUUGCCAUGCGAUCAACGCUGCGUCGUCUGAGGGAGAUUGCUGAGGUUUAA